AUGUCUAGAUAAAAGGAAAGAGAAGAUUUAUUUGAAGAUCCUUUUGACUCUCCAUUACGCUAUAAUCACCCUUAAUUUGGUCCUUCAAAUGGGUUAUGUAGUCCAUGCCACUACAUUAGAUCUAGUAUCAGAUCAAAAUCAAUCUUUCUUAAAAAAAGCCCUUAAAAUCAAUAGAACAACACAACUAAAAAAACAAAAGUAUAUAAAAGUUACAUUAAUGAAUUUGAUGGACAGAUAUAAAUUCAAUAAUAUAUUUUCAGCAACAAUAGUAAAAGUAAACCAAUACAUGAAUCUUUAAGUUCAUUAUUUAAAGAGCAUAAAAUUGAAGUUAGAUAUGAGGAACCUAAAGAAGAGAGUACUUUGGUCAAUUAUUUGCAUGCAAUUUAAUAAUUGAUGCAGGAACUAGAAUCUAACGUAGGAAAUUUAGAGAGGAAAUUGAAUUUGAAUCAGUAGAGAAUAUAAGAACCCAUCAAUUAAUCCAAUAAUCAUUAGUUAGUUUAUAUCAAUUAGAAUGUUUAAGGAUUGGUUGGCAGAAUAUAAGACAUUUUAUUGCAAAAAAAUAUAUUUCCUGGUCAAUCAUAACCUAAUCCUGAUGAGAAUUAAAUCUAGAUGAACUUUAAUAAGGAUUUGAAGAGGUAUAAGUGUCAUUUCUGCCCAUUAAGAUUUAUUAAAGCAUGUUCUUUGGGAGGUCAUAUAUCGAGAGUCCAUAAAGAAGAAUCUAAAUAAUCAAAAUCCAAAAUUCCUCCUAAGAAAAAUAAACAUAUAAAAAAAGAGAAGAAUAACUAGUCCAAAAUGAAAUGA